GACCUGGACUACGGGUCCUGCCGGGCGGGGGACGCCCUGCCAGCCGUGCUGCUGCAGCAGCCCACGGCGCGGUACCUGCUGCUGUACUUCCACAGCAACGGCGAGGACGUGGGCUGGUGCUACCAGUUCGGCUGCGACGUGCGCUCCUCGCUGGAGGUGCACGUGCUGCUCGUGGAGUACCCUGGCUACGGCAUCAGCCCUGGUCCGCAGGCCCUCCGCUUCGGCGCUCUGCCGCGCGUUUUGACCAUUUCGCAAGAGCUCCACCGCAGCGCCUGA